GUUACAGCCAUUAGUCACCUCUAGGUAUAUAACCUUAAAAGUACGGCUGCAACUUCGUCAGCCAAGCAGGAUUUUCAUUACCUAACCCAUCACGAGUUAUCCCCACCUCGCUCACCGCCUACCAAUACUGCCGUCCACCUUGGUUUGUGCGAUGAAUGAUAACACCACUCGCGCAGUCAAACGGUCGGGAAACGCGUGCACAUAAGUUGAAACGUCGAUGUUCUGAAUGAGAGUUCAGUUCAGGCUCGCCAACCGAGCAUGUCAGCGAACAAAGCCGCCCGUAUGGGCGAUGAGAUAUGGAAGGGUCGCAUUGAUAAGGUCAACGCUGAGCUCGUAACACUGACCUACGGUACCAUCGUCGCCCAGCUAUGCAAGGAUUUCGAGGGCGACUAUGUCGAGGUCAAUAAGCAGCUGGAUCGAAUGGGCUACAACAUCGGCUUGCGGUUGAUCGAAGACUACCUCGCCAAGUCUAACAGUAUGAGGCGAUGCUCUAACUUCCGCGAGACGGCCGACAUGAUUGCAAAGGUCGGAUUCAAGAUAUUCCUCAACAUCACACCCAACGUCACCAACUGGACCAGCGACAGUAAGCAGUUCUCGCUCGUCUUCGACGAAAACCCACUGGCAGAUUUCGUCGAGCUUCCGGACGACGGUAGGGCGCAGGACGAACUGUGGUAUUCGAACAUAUUCUGCGGCGUCCUGCGAGGCGCGCUCGAGAUGGUGCAGAUGCAGGUUGAGGCGCAUUUCAUCAGCGACGUGCUACGAGGGAAUGACACCACCGAGAUAAGGAUAUCUUUAAUACGAUAUAUCGACGACGAGUUGCCGCCAGAGGAUGACUAGACGGGCGGUAAUGCUGAUCCGCACCCGGUCCGGCAGGUGCUCGGCGGCUGCUAUACCAACAGUUCCUCACAAACGAAGGACCGGUCUGCGCAUCCUAGUGAGGAACAAGCACGGUAUGUGGUAGGAGGAGGCGGUGGCAUCGGCCAUGAAACAGAGGGCAAGUUGGAUCACCGGUCUCUGUUGUGUCGCACGUCCAGCGCAUUGGUGUCGUGCAGUAUCAAUUGCACCACCUGCAGGCUUCAUAUCGAACCUUUUGUGGUUUCCGCUCCAGGAGGAGCGAGCAAAACAAACCACUUUACCACACAGGUAUACACAUAGAAACACACACACACAGUCUCUCUCUCUCUCUCUUCUAACUCACUAGUCGUGGGUGACUUAGUAGAGCUAAAACGGGCCGAAACGUUCGCAGCGCGGAAAGCUAAGAAAAUCAACAUAUGACUCCGUAAU